AUGCUCUUCUCGACUGCCCGCUCGGCUCUCCGCGCCCAGGCCCUCAACGGCAUCUCGAGCCGCGUCUCGAACCUCCUCGGCGCCUACCGCGAGCCCGUCGUGUACAACGCCCAGGUCGCAAAGGAGCUCGCCAAGCAGGUCUACGUCGCCGAGAAGAUGUCGCCCCCGUCGUUCGCCCAGGUCUCGUACACCUUCCGCCAGUUUGCCCACAACGCGCCCAACAUGUCGUGGUGGGGGUCCAUGCUGAGCAACGGGGCCUACAAGCGCGUCCUCGUGUACGCCAUCGAAGCCUACGGCAUCUUCAAGAUUGGCGAGAUGGUCGGGCGGAGGCACGUCGUUGGUUACCGCCUCGACGAGGAUCGCUACGCCAAGUUGUGCGACGUAAACGGGGGCGAGGUGCUGUAG